CUACUGGAAAAAAAAGAAAAGAAAAGACGACCGUUGCGUGGGUACCCGGAUGAAGGAGCGUCGCCAUCUUUACGGCAGAUCCACCGGUGGGUCUUUAGUUCAGGAGCUGCUGCUGCUGAUCCGCCUCCAGUCUCUCUCUUUCUGCCCAGAAUAACCCUUCUCCUCCGGGUCUCCCCCCCGUCCCCAAGCACCACCAUGGCGGACAGAGAGAACCUCGUGUACCAGGCGAAACUCGCCGAGCAAGCGGAGAGAUAUGACGAAAUGGUGGAGUCGAUGAAAAACGUGGCGAGCAUGGACGUGGAGCUGACGGUGGAGGAGAGGAACCUGCUGUCGGUCGCCUACAAGAACGUGAUCGGAGCCAGGAGAGCUUCAUGGAGGAUAAUCAGCAGCCUGGAGCAGAAAGAGGAAAACAAAGGCGGAGAGGACAGACUAAAGAUGAUCAAGGAAUACAGGAAAACGGUGGAGAAAGAGCUGAAAUCAAUCUGUAACGACAUCCUGGAUGUACUGGACAAGCACCUCAUCUUAGCUGCAGUCUCGGGAGAAUCUAAGGUUUUCUACUACAAAAUGAAGGGAGAUUACCACAGGUACCUGGCAGAGUUUGCCACCGGUAACGACAGGAAGGAGGCGGCGGAGAACAGUUUGGUUGCGUACAAAGCUGCUAGCGACAUCGCCAUGAUGGAACUCCCUCCAACGCACCCCAUCCGCCUCGGACUGGCCCUCAACUUCUCAGUUUUCUAUUAUGAAAUCCUCAACUCGCCGGACCGCGCCUGCAAGUUGGCGAAGGAAGCGUUCGACAAUGCCAUCGCAGAGCUGGACACGCUGAGCGAGGAGAGCUACAAGGACUCAACACUUAUCAUGCAGUUGCUACGUGACAACUUGACACUAUGGACCUCAGACGUGCAGGGAGAUGGUGAAGAGGCGAGCACAGAAGCAACGCAAAACCAAGAGGAGGAGACUCAGUGAGACGGAACAACAAGGAACAAGCCUCCUCUUCCUCCUCCUCCUCCUCUUCCUCCAUCUGUCUCACCCUUUCUCCUCAUAUGCAUGUCAUGUCCUCCCUCCCCACCCCGUCCUCCUUUAUUUCCACUUCUUCCCGGGAGUUUUACCUUAUCUUUGACGACUCCUAUUUGCAAGCCUGUACCCUUUAAGUCCUCUUUUACUGUUUUUCUUUUGGCUUUUCUUUGCCGUUAUCAUCCGUUGCCAAGUACGCUCGCUGUAUCACACGAGAGUUUAUUUAAAGACUUUACGGUUACGCUUUUCUUUUCUUUCUGUAUUUGUGUGUUUAUGAACAAUAUACUGUCCUUUUCAGUUUGGAAAUAAGGCGCUGCUGGUGGUGGAAAACAUUUAAAGGGAUGUGUUAAAGCUUUUAGGAAGAACUAAGUGCCCUCUUUACUUACCUGCUCCUUUGACACAUCAAUAUUUCCUCUUUUUUAAUAACAAACAGCAACAUGUCCCCCUUUUCUGAUUAAAAAGAAACCCUCCUCUGACCUCUGUUCUCGUCCGCUGUCGGACCAAGUGUUUCGCUGCGAGGCUUUUGCUAAUGGCAGAUAGUUAGGUCAGGGCUUUUAGCAGGAACGUGUGUGUGUGGGAGGGGGAUGCUCAACACUCUUGAUUGUAAUGUAAAUGCAGUUUUGCAUUGGCACCCUAUUAUAUAUAAAAAACUAAAAUAAGUUUGGGAAAUAAGAGGCCUGCUGUAUCUUUCCCCCCGACUCUUCGUCUCUCCUCCUCAUCUCCUCUCUUCCUUCUGUUCGGUAUGUGUAACGUGAAUCUGAUUUGUACUACUGGAUAUUCUCACCGGAGCCACAAGUACCAUCUGUAUUCUUACUGAAACACAGCAUGGAAAUAACAUUAAACUUCAACAUUUAAAAAUG